AUGGCAUUGGCAGCCACAGCAGCUGCAGAAGAAGCUCGAAUGAGGCCCAUAGUACAUACUGAAGAUCCAGAGACUGGUGAGGAAACUGAUCCCACCGAACGUGUCUCUGCCCUCGCUAGGAUUGGAACUAUCCCUGAGCAUACAACAGAUCCAGUAGCAGAUCCCAGCAGAAUCCCUGCAAAAAAAAGAUUAGGAAGACCACCUUUAAAUAAAAACCCAUUGGGAGUAAUUGCAGGAACUAACACAAAGAAAAGAAGGGUUACACAGAUAAGAAUAUCGCCUAAGAGACGAAAUGCACCAGCAUCCUCUACACGGGGAGCUACAGCAAAAAGACUUAAAGGCGCCACACAAGGGGGUCAAGCUCCUAAAUCUCAACCUCCAACCAAGAUCAUCCCGGGAAUGACAGUCCAGAGACUAAGAGAGAUACACAAGCGGUUCUCUCCUGAUAUUACAUUCCUCUCGGAGACUAAGAAUCCCAACGACUUCGUCCUCCGCAAAUGUUCUUCGUUGGAGUAUCCUAAUUCGUUUCUUGUACCACCCACUGGCCAUGGCGCUGGGGUGAGAAGACAACUAUGGUCUGACCUUACUGCUCUAACAACCUCCAGAGACUCUCCUUGGUUUGUCUCUGGUGACUUCAAUGAUAUACUAAGUAAUCAAGAAAAGACGGGUGGACGCACCAGAUCAGAAGCAUCUUUCAUCGAUUUCAGAACCUUUAUGUCCGAGUGUGACCUUUUCGAUCUCCCCCACACAGGAGAUUUCCUAUCUUGGAGAGGGGUCAGGGGAAGCAAUGAAAAUGAGAGCGACGUAGUUCGAUGCCGGCUAGACCGCUCUGUUGCUAAUAGCCAUUGGUUUGAUAUCUUCCACUCAGGCUGUGUGGAGUAUCUCAUGUACGAAGGAUCUGAUCAUAAACCUAUUCUGACCUGCUUCGAUCUAAACAGGAAGAGAGGAAAGGGUCUAUUCAGGUUUGAUAGAAGGCUUAAAGAUAAUCCCGAGAUCAAAGCUCUAGUCGAACAGACCUGGAAACGAGCUAGAAACAGUUCCGUUCAAACAAAGAUAGCAAUGGUUAGAACAGCAAUCGUCCGUUGGAGCAAAGAACAACAAAGAAACAACAAAAUCCUCAUUAAUAAGUGGAAAGAGGAGCUGGAGCAAGCUAUGAUAAGCACCACAAAUGAUGAAACUCUUCUAAACAGGAUUAAUGCUGACCUGAAAGCGGCCUACCUUGCUGAAGAAUCUUUUUGGAAGCAACGAAGUAGAAACCUAUGGCUUAGCUUGGGAGACAGGAAUUCAGGCUACUUCCAUGCUGUCACAAAAGGGAGGAAAGCAAAAAAUAAUUUCUCUGUUAUGGAAAAUGCAGAAGGAAAUCCUGUUUUUACCGAGAAAGAGAUCACAGGGACUAUAGUAGAGUACUUCAAGAAACUUUUCAAAACAGUCCGGGGUGAUAGAAGACAAAUUGUGACAGAAGCUCUCACCAACAAAAUCUCGCCAGAAACAAAUCAAGAACUUAUCUCCAUUCCAACGGCUUCCGAAAUCUACUUGGCUCUACUUGCUAUCCAUCCGGACAAAGCUCCUGGUCCGGAUGGCUUCUCAGCAAGUUUCUUCCAAGCGAAUUGGAGUACUAUUGGCGCAGACAUAGUUGUCGAGAUUCAGAGCUUUUUCUCCUCCGGUGUAAUGCCGAGAUCUUUAAAUCAUACACAUGUUCGACUGAUUCCUAAGACCACUGGUGCUCAAGCAGUUUCAGAUUAUAGACCAAUUGCGCUAUGCAAUGUCUAUUACAAAAUAAUCUCUAAACUGCUAGGCAACAGGCUCCGAAAGGUGUUACCGGACUUGAUCUCUGAGAAUCAAUCCGCCUUCGUCCAAGGAAGAGCCAUAACGGACAACAUUCUGAUUUCACACGAAUUUCUGCACUACCUAAAGACUUCUACAGCAUCGAAGCGAUGCUCCAUGGCAGUGAAAACUGACAUGAGCAAAGCUUAUGACCGAUUGGAGUGGGACUUUAUUGAAGAAGUGAUGAUCCACCUUGGUUUCCAUACCACCUGGAUAAAUUGGAUUAUGCAAUGCGUGAGGACAAUAUCCUAUUCCUUCCUGAUCAACGAAUCUGCAUUAGGGAAGGCACAAGUAGAGAAAAAGAUGCUGGGAAUUCGCGUGGCAACCCAAAGUCCAAGAGUCAAUCAUCUUCUCUUCGCGGAUGACACCUUCUUCUUCUGUAGAACAAACGCCAAAAGUGUCUCAACCUUGCAGCAUAUUCUGUCUGAGUACGAAAAAGCUUCUGGUCAAAAAAUUAACCACCAGAAAUCGGGCAUUACCUUCUCGAGCAGAACCCCUUCUGAACUUAAAGAGAAAAUAAAAGCUGAACUCAACAUUCAAAGUUGUUCUUUCGGAAGAGGAGUGCCUGAACACUUUGGGCGCAAGAAGCGAGACCUCUUUACUUCCAUUGUCGACAAGAUCAUACAAAGAGCUAAAGGAUGGAAUACACGUUUCCUCUCAACUGCCGGGAAAAUGACCAUGUUAAACAGCGUCCUCUCUGCCAUCCCUAAUCAUUCAAUGCAAUGUUUUAAACUACCACUCUCAUUAUGCAAAAGGAUCCAAUCAGCUUUAACGAGAUUUUGGUGGGACUCAAACACAGGAGCUCGGAAAAUGUCUUGGAUAGCUUGGAAUACAAUGACGAGAGCUAAGAAAGAUGGAGGUUUAGGCUUUAGGGAUAUACAAUGCUUCAAUGAUGCUCUACUGGCCAAGCUCAGCUGGCGCAUAAUUAAAUCACCAUCCUGCCUGCUUGCUCGGGUCCUUCGAGGAAAGUACUUUCACGACCAAGACUUCCUCCAAGUCUCACCUCCAGGUAGUUGCUCACAUGGCUGGAGAGGAAUACUAAUAGGCAGAGACCUCCUAAAGCAACAUCUAGGAUGGGCCAUUGGAAACGGAGAAAAAGUUAUGGCGUGGAAUGAUGAUUGGCUGUCUCCUUCAGAUAUGAAACGUCCAAUGGGGCCAGUCCCAGAGAAUGAACUAAACCUUAAAGUUGCAGAUUUGAUCUCAACUGAUUCAAAGGACUGGGAUAAACAGAAGGUUGAGAGAUCGUUCCCUUUUCUCAUGGGAAACAUUCUCAGUAUCAAAACAAGCAAGUGGGGAGGAGAGGAUAAGCAAAUUUGGUUAAGGCACAACACGGGAGCUUAUUCUACAAAGACAGGAUAUCACUCAGCACUGGAAAAACAACAAGCUAAUGAAGAGCAGGGAACACCAAAUACAAAAGACUGGAUGAAAGAGGUAUGGAAAAUACAAACUGCUCCUAAACUCAAACUAUUUAUCUGGAAAAUCAAACACAGAGCACUUCCAGUAGGAGAGAGUUUAGAGGCACGACAAAUCCUAGCAGGGUCUAAGUGUAUUCAUUGUGAUGGUGUAGAAACUAUCUCACAUUUGUUCUUCCAGUGUCCCUAUGCAAAAAAGGUUUGGGAUUUAGUACCUUUCUCUGGCGGUUUUAUACCAAUGCCUCUGAACAAUUUUGAUGUGGAAUGGAAGAAACUCCUCCAGGCAGUGGUCCUCCCUCCUACAGGUCUUGGAAGCUGCCCAUUAGCACCUUGGACUCUUUGGGCUAUUUGGUCUGCACGCAACCAAAAACUUUUUCAAAAAAGAGUGUUUUCGGAACAGGAAACAAUAACAAAAGCUAUUGUGGAUGCAAAAGAAUGGAUGGAAGCCCAGUUACCUGCAAUACCAACCUCCCAGAAGAAGAUAUCGACACAUGACAGGGGUGGUUUUGAAGUGAUCUGCAGAUCAGAUGCAGCAUGGAAGAAAGAAAGUCAGGCCGCAGGACUAGCCUGGAGUUUCUAUCGAAAUCAGAGUGAGAGAAUCAGCUCUCACAAUCAAUCAUCAGCGUUUGUGAUAUCGUCCCUCGUGGCUGAAGGACUAGCAAUUCGCGCAGCGAUGGAACACGCAAUCGCUCUCCAGAUGAGAAAUGUUUUAUUUGAAUCAGAUUCCCUGCAAUUGGUGACGGCAAUCGCAGAAGGAUCAAGUUAUUCCGAUCUUCACGGCAUCAUCUCGGAUAUCUAUCUACUCUCUAAUUGCUUUGAUUCAGUUUCCCUUAGAUUUUGUCGUCGAGAAUGUUUAGUCUUCGAAGACUCUGUAGCGAAAAAAACCCUUUCAGACUUCUGUGUAAACCAGGAGGCCAUACCGGCACUGGUUUAA